UUCCCUCCGCCCACCUCCCCGAAGCUGAGCCGCCGUCGCCAGCAGCGCCGUCAUGUCGGCCCCCGCCGGGUCCCCUCACCCGGCCGCCAGCGCCCGGAUCCCGCCCAAGUUCGGCGGAGCCGCCGCCUCAGGAGCCGCCGCGUCCGCGGGCCCGGGCUCCGCGCCGCACCAGCAGAAUGGUCCAGCCCAGAAUCAAAUGCAGGUUCCAUCUGGAUAUGGAUUGCAUCAUCAAAACUAUAUUGCUCCCUCAGGACAUUACUCUCAAGGACCUGGGAAAAUGAUCUCAUUACCGUUGGAUACCCAGUGUGGUGAUUACUACUCUGCUCUCUAUACAGUACCAACACAAAAUGUGACUCCUAGCACAGCGAACCAACAGCCAGGAGCACAGCAGAUGUACAGCAGGGGUCCUCCUGCCCCUCAUAUUGUGGGAUCCACUCCAGGAUCUUUUCAAGGUGCUGCAUCAUCAGCAUCCCAUUUGCAUACGAGUGCCUCCCAACCAUACUCCUCUUUUGUGAAUCACUACAAUAGUCCAGCCAUGUACUCUGCCAAUACUUCUGUUGCUUCUCAGGGAUUUCCCUCUACUUGUGGUCAUUAUGCUAUGUCAACUGUUUCUAAUACUGCGUAUCCUAGUGUUUCAUAUCCCUCUCUGCCUGCUGGUGAUACAUAUGGGCAAAUGUUUACCUCACAGAAUGCUCCAACUGUUAGGCCAGUUAAAGAUAAUUCAUUCUCUGGUCAAAAUACAGCUGUCAGCCAUCCAUCACCACUUCCACCUCCACCAUCACAACAGCACCACCAGCAGCAAAGUCUUUCAGGAUACAGUACUCUAACGUGGUCAGCUCCAGGCCUUCCAUCGACUCAAGACAAUCUCAUCCGAAACCACACAGGAUCUCUGGCUAUAGUGAACAACAACCCAACAGUUACUGAUUCUUUAUCCUGUCCAGUUAUGCAAAAUGUUCAGUCUCCCAAGUCCAGCCCAGUAGUUUCCACUGUUUUAUCAGGAUCCUCAUCAACAAGAACACCUCCCACUGCAAAUCACCCAGUUGAGCCUGUGACCUCAGUUACACAGCCAUCAGAGCUAUUACAACAGAAAGGCAUGCAGUAUGGUGAAUAUGUUAAUAACCAAGCUAGCUCCGCACCAACUCCCUUGUCAUCAACUUCCGAUGAUGAGGAAGAGGAGGAGGAGGAUGAGGAAGCAGGUGUUGACAGCUCUUCUACCACAAGCAGUGCUUCUCCAAUGCCUAACAGUUAUGAUGCCUUGGAAGGAGGCAGUUACCCAGAUAUGCUUUCUUCAUCAGCAAGCAGUCCUGCUCCUGAUCCUGCCCAUGAACCUGAUCCUGCUCCUGCUCCUGCUCCAGCUUCAGCUCCAGCUCCUGCCCUUCCUCAGCCUUCGAAAAUGGCUAAGCCUUUUGGCUAUGGCUAUCCAGCGCUUCAGCCUGGUUAUCAGAAUGCUACAGCACCACUUACUUCUGGAAUACAGCCCAGUAACCCAGUAUAUUCUGGAUUCCAGCAGUAUCCUCAACACUAUCCUGGUGUGAACCAGCUGUCCUCCAGUCUAGGAGGAUUGAGUCUUCAGAGUUCUCCACAACCAGAAAGCCUGAGACCUGUAAACCUCACUCAGGAGAGGAAUGUUUUACCCAUGACUCCUGUUUGGGCUCCUGUACCUAACUUGAAUGCAGAUCUCAAAAAAUUGAACUGUAGCCCAGAUUCAUUUCGAUGUACUUUGACAAAUAUUCCACAGACACAGGCUUUACUGAAUAAAGCUAAGCUUCCUUUAGGAUUGUUGUUACAUCCGUUCAGAGACCUAACGCAAUUACCAGUGAUAACAUCAAAUACCAUUGUGAGGUGCCGAUCUUGUCGAACAUAUAUUAACCCCUUUGUAUCCUUCAUUGAUCAACGUAGAUGGAAAUGCAAUUUGUGCUAUAGAGUUAAUGAUGUUCCUGAAGAAUUUAUGUAUAACCCCCUAACCCGAUCUUAUGGAGAGCCUCAUAAACGACCAGAAGUUCAGAAUUCAACUGUGGAGUUCAUUGCUUCUUCAGAUUACAUGCUGCGUCCUCCUCAACCUGCAGUUUACUUGUUUGUUUUAGAUGUGUCUCAUAAUGCAGUGGAAGCUGGAUAUUUGACAAUUUUGUGCCAGUCACUCUUAGAAAAUCUAGACAAGCUUCCUGGAGAUUCACGAACAAGAAUAGGAUUCAUGACCUUUGAUAGCACUAUUCAUUUCUACAAUUUACAAGAAGGAUUAUCACAGCCUCAAAUGUUGAUUGUGUCUGAUAUAGAUGAUGUUUUUCUGCCUACACCGGAUAGUUUACUUGUGAAUCUGUAUGAAAGUAAAGAGCUUAUAAAAGACUUAUUGAAUGCAUUACCAAAUAUGUUCACCAAUACAAGAGAAACACACAGUGCCCUUGGUCCUGCGCUUCAGGCUGCCUUUAAAUUAAUGUCUCCAACAGGUGGCCGUGUGUCUGUAUUUCAAACACAAUUACCUUCCUUGGGUGCAGGACUUCUGCAAUCCAGAGAAGAUCCUAAUCAGAGAUCGAGUACAAAGGUGGUACAGCAUCUUGGCCCUGCAACUGAUUUUUAUAAGAAACUUGCAUUAGAUUGCUCAGGACAGCAAACUGCAGUGGAUUUGUUCCUUUUAAGUUCACAAUAUUCUGAUCUUGCUUCUCUAGCUUGUAUGUCCAAGUAUUCUGCAGGGUGCAUCUAUUAUUAUCCAUCAUUUCACUCUACUCACAAUCCUUCACAAGCAGAAAAGUUACAAAAAGACCUAAAACGGUAUCUCACAAGAAAAAUUGGAUUUGAAGCUGUUAUGAGAAUAAGGUGUACUAAAGGCCUUUCCAUGCACACUUUUCAUGGUAACUUCUUUGUCCGUUCUACUGAUUUGUUAUCCCUUGCCAACAUCAAUCCUGAUGCUGGAUUUGCGGUGCAGUUGUCAAUUGAAGAAAGUUUAACAGACACUUCCUUAGUGUGUUUUCAAACAGCCCUGUUAUAUACAUCAAGCAAAGGUGAGCGGAGAAUUAGAGUACAUACGCUUUGUUUGCCAGUGGUAAAUUCACUAGCAGAUGUAUAUGCAGGAGUGGAUGUACAAGCCGCCAUCUGCCUUCUGGCAAACAUGGCUGUGGAUCGGUCCAUUUCAUCAAGUCUAUCAGAUGCACGAGAUGCCUUAGUGAAUGCUGUAGUGGACUCGUUGUCUGCAUAUGGCUCAACUGUCUCAAAUUUACAGCACUCUGCGUUGAUGGCACCCAGCUCCCUCAAGUUGUUUCCUCUCUAUGUUUUGGCCCUUCUCAAACAGAAAGCAUUUAGAACGGGUACAAGCACACGCCUGGAUGAUCGUGUGUAUGCCAUGUGUCAGAUAAAGUCUCAGCCACUUGUUCAUCUGAUGAAAAUGAUUCAUCCCAACUUAUACAGGAUAGACAGAUUGACAGAUGAGGGUGCAAUACAUGUUAAUGACAGGGUUGUACCACAGCCACCUCUUCAAAAAUUGUCUGCAGAGAAGCUGACAAGAGAAGGUGCUUUCCUUAUGGACUGUGGCUCUGUUUUUUACAUUUGGGUUGGGAAAGGCUGUGACAAUAACUUCAUAGAGAAUGUGCUUGGAUAUCCUAAUUUUGCAUCAAUACCACAGAAAAUGACACAUCUUCCAGAGCUAGAUACACUUUCAUCAGAAAGAGCCAGAUCCUUCAUAACUUGGCUUAGAGAUAGCAGACCAUUAAGUCCAGUCCUUCACAUAGUAAAAGAUGAGAGUCCUGCCAAAACAGAAUUUUUUCAGCAUUUGAUUGAAGACCGGACAGAAGCUGCAUUUUCUUACUAUGAAUUUUUGCUUCAUGUUCAGCAGCAGAUUUGAUCGUGCUUGUCCCUAUACCAUGCUGCCUCCAGCAAGAGAGAAUCUUACUGAACCUUAAGAGAAACUAAGCUGGGCAUGGUGGUGCAUGCCUGUAGUCCCAGCUAUUUGGGAGUCUGAAGCAGGAGAAUCACUUGAACCUGGGAGGCAGAGGUUGCAGUGAGCGGAGAUUGUACCACUGCACUCCAGUGGUGAGAGCAAGACUCUAACUCAAAAAAAAAGAGAGAGAGAAACUGUAGUACUCUAAGGGCAACUAAAUACUGCAAUUUUACCAUUAAAAGUAUAAUAUUUCUUCUUUGCAAAAGACAAAAAUCUUUUGUCUUUGGAUAUUUUGUCACUCAUUCAGUAAGUGUUUAUAAGUAUUUAAUGCUUGCCAGAUACUGUUCUAGGCACAAAAUAAAAUCCUCACUUCCACAAAGCUUAUACUCUAAAGUGAGAAUUUAGAAGACUGGGGAGAGGCAAAAAAAUCUUCUAUAUAAUUUGUAAGUGUGAUGUAUAAUUCUGUAUAAGUAUGAUCAAUGUUAUGAAGAAAAAUAAAGCUGGGAAAGGAGAUGGAAAAUACUGUUUUUUGACAGUGACCAGGGAAGGCUCUUUAGGAAGGUGAGAGUUGAGCAGAGAGCUAAGGCCACAUAGACACCUAGAACAAGAGCUGUCCAAAUAGGAGAACUUUGUGGUAGAUGAAUGCAGAAGUUACCUUCUGAUUGUUCUUUUCUCUGUGAAAGAAGCAGCAGAAUUAUCAGCUAGAAAGGGGUAAGAGGGUUAGAGGUUUUGCAAAAUAGUCUCCUAAGAGAGUAAGAUGUUGAAUUUACUAGUAGUAUGUGGUAGAUUGUGAGGGCCCAUGUUGGGCUGUGAGUCAUGAACUUAAAGUGAAACUAAUAAGCAUAACUGUGCUUCUUUCCUCUAGCUAUCUUCAGUGCUUGGUAGAAAGUUGGAUUUAACCACAGGUGGGUACAGGGGAAAGAGGAAGAGCAAGGGAAUUUAGAAUGUUUACAAGGGAGUGACUCAUUUAAGCUACAAGAGCAGAAAAUGGAUGAUGGAGGAGAUGGGUAGUGCUGGGUAACAGGCUUAGUUGCUUGGAAGUCCCAUUGAGGUCAAAGAGCUAUUAAGAGCGUAGAUGUCAGAAAGAAUUAGCUGGAAAGAUAAAAAGUAGUGGUCAGAAUAUGAAAAGCUUGGAAUUGAGAUUUGGGGGAAGUUUAGAUAAUGACAAGACUAGGGGGAAUUAGUGGUUGAGAUAUUAUUAAAGAUAACUAGAGGUAAGAAGGUGAGAACUUGGAAACCCCUGGUUUCAAAUGGAUCAUCUAUUUGUUUAUUAAAAUUGCCCCCCCAAAAUGACAGGAAUAAUGCUGGGGACACAAGGACUGUAAAUGAUUACAGUAAGGAGGAGUGGCAGGGGAUAUGCUGGGGAUCUGAGGUAGGCAAGGAGGAAGAAUAACCUGGAUGACAACAGAAAUAGAGGGAUGCCUGCCUGGGGUUUAGGAUCAAACACAGCCAUCUUUUGACAGGUUUGGGGGAAGGUAAUAUCCUCAAGACAGCCAGGUUUCAGUUAGCGUGUGUGGCGACUGACAUAAACCAGGAUAUAGGCAUGACAAGAGUAAUCCUGAUGGGAGGUGGAUAAUCCACUCUCAUUGUCUCCUUGUGGGACAAGUCUCUUUGGCCAUUUGCUUUGUGAGGCAGGGAAUGUUGAGUGAGAGGAAGGGGUACACCUUCCAGGAAUUCUGUGAGCCACUUUUGUCAACUAACUAAAAGAAGAUAGUGAUUCUUAGUGUCAGUGUUAGGGAUGGGAUCAGAACUUCCUGGGAGAGU